GAGUUUGAUCAAAAAUAAUUCAGUUUAGGAAAUGGUCUGGCCUGGACAGAAUCUAACAUCUUUAACCAAUCAGCGCCCUCCGUCUCGGAACGGAAGCUGUGUUUAUAUUGUGCAAGAUGGCGGCGGGGAUGUAUUUGGAGCAUUAUUUGGACAGUAUAGAAAACCUCCCCUUCGAGCUGCAGAGAAACUUCAAUUUAAUGAGAGAUCUCGAUCAAAGGACAGAGGAUCUAAAAGGACAGAUUGACUCUCUGGCUAAGGAAUACACAGCCAACGCGCGGACUCUUUCUUCUGAGCAGAAGUUAUCCAUACUGAGACAGAUUCAGCAAUCCUAUAGUAAAUGCAAGGAGUUUGGGGAUGAUAAAGUGCAGCUGGCAAUGCAGACCUAUGAAAUGGUCGACAAACACAUCAGACGUCUGGACACAGACUUGGCUCGCUUUGAAGCUGACUUGAAGGAAAAGCAGAUUGAGAGCACAGACUACGAUUCUACUUCUAGUAAGGGGAAGAAAGGUGACUCCAGACAAAAGGAAAAGAAAGCAGCUAAAACAAGAUCUAAAGUGAAAAGUUCAGAUGAAGAUGGCAGUCCUAAGAGCGCUCAGAAGAAAGUCAAACUUCUUCAGCCAGGAGAGUUCAAUAGCACUUCAUCUAACUUUGGAAAUGUUCACCCAUCUGAUGUUCUGGACAUGCCGGUGGACCCCAACGAACCCACUUACUGCCUGUGUCACCAGGUGUCUUAUGGCGAAAUGAUUGGCUGUGAUAACACAGAAUGCUCCAUUGAGUGGUUCCAUUUUGCAUGUGUGGGUUUAACAACCAAACCUCGAGGCAAAUGGUACUGCCCACGCUGCUCUCAGGACAGAAAGAGAAAGUAAAAUCCUGGUAUUCUGAGACAACACGGUUCUUAUGAAAACAAGAAAAGUAUUUGUUCACUAAUACCUAAAACCUUUUGAGUUCCCACUUUUUUUAUUCCUUUUUUUAUAUUUGGUGCUCUUAUUUUGUGUUUACAACUUUGAUCUAAUACAGUAUGUAUGAAGAA